AUGGCAUCCACAGAAGAAAACUUUCCUCGAGGGGGUAUCCAGAAAAAACCCACAGAGGGAAAAACACCCAACUCAAAGUUAGAGCGGGACAAUUUGUUUGAUGUUCACCAUGAAGAACAAUCCCAGAAAAGAAAAAGGAGCCAGAGGGAUCAAGGAAAGCAGAAAAAAUUCAAGGCAGACAAAAAACCUGCUGCUAAAGACAGCAUUGUGAAUAUUGAACCACUCACAAUUGAGGCACUCUGUGAGGGGAUGCUGCUCCUUGGUUGUAUAAAAGAGGUCAGUGACUACGAGCUAGUUAUCAGCUUGCCCAAUGGACUUUCAGGAUUUGUGCCAGUCACGCAGAUCAGCGAUGCCUACAGCAAAAUGCUGAGCCAGCAGGUGGCCCAAGGAGAACUCCUGGAGGACUUGAAUUCGCUCUCGGACAUGUAUUCUCCAGGGACACUGGUCAGGUGCAUUGUUACCAGUGUUGAGAAAAAUGCAGACGGACGUCGGAGCAUCAAAUUAUCGAUCGACCCCAGGAAAGUCAAUAAGGGUCUGAAUGCUUUGGCACUGGCAUCAGGCAUGUUGCUCUCUGGCAUUGUGUCUAGUGUGGAAGACCAUGGCUACCUCGUUGAUAUUGGUGUCAGCGGGACUCACGCUUUCCUGCCUCGUCAGAAAGCCCAAAAUUACAUCAAAGUGGUCAAGAAGGGGUCUGACUUGAAAAUAGGCCAGAACCUGAACUGUCUCAUUGUGGAGGUAAAGAACAAGGGAAGAGUGGUCCAUUUGUCGAUUGAGCGAUCAGAGGUUGCUGCAUCCCUUGCCACAGAGCGACAGAACUGGACGCUCAGUAACUUACUGCCAGGGCUGGUGGUGAAAGCUCGAGUGCAAAAGGUAGCCCCACUGGGGAUCAAACUGAGCUUUCUGUCUUCCUUCACUGGCAUUGUGGAUUUCAUGCACAUGGACCAAGAGAAAUCCAUGAACUAUUCUCCAGAUCAAGUGAUGAAAGCUUGCAUCCUCUCUGUCCACCCCACCUCCAAGGUGGUGCGGCUUACCCUACGGCAGGCCUUCCUCCACCCUGGGGGAUCUCCAAACCAGCUCUCCAGUGAUCGCAUGGGGGCAGUGGUGGAGGAGUCGACAGUGAAAGCUUUCUACAAGCAGUUUGGUGCCAUCUUCGAGCUUAAUGAUGGCACUCUUGCCUUUGCACGGUUGAAACAUCUUUCAAAAAACAGAAAAUCCUUCAAACCUGGGAUGUUUAAGUCAGGAUGCAAACAUAAAUGUCGGAUCAUUGACUACAGCCUAAUGGAUGAGAUGUGUAUUGUAUCUCUGAAGCAUCAGGUUAUUGAAGCACGGUUUCUGCAAUACCAAGAUAUCCACGCAGGGGAUGUGGUGCAGGGCAAAGUGUUUGCUCUGAAACCCAUUGGGAUGCAGGUGAAAGUGGCUGAUGGGAUUAAAGGGCUCGUGCCAUCCAUGCAUCUUGCUGAUGUGAUCCUGAAGCAGCCUGAGAAGAAGUACAGCAUAGGAGAUGAAGUCAAGUGUCGGGUGCUAGAGUGCAAUCCUGCAGGAAAGAAGCUGAUCCUUACUGUAAAGAAAAGCCUUAUCCAAUCAAAGCUUCCAGUCCUCUGCAGUUACGAAGAUGCAAAACCAGGUCUGAUCACACACGGCUUUGUGGUGUGUGCGAGGGAGUUUGGCUGCAUUGUGAAGUUCUACAAUGAUGUCAAAGGUCUGGUACCCAAGAAUGAGCUGAGCUCAGAACCUAUAUCUUGUCCAGAUAAAGUCUUCUUUGAAGGCCAGGUAAUUAAUGUACCUAUGCAAUGCCUUGUUGUUAAAGUGGAAAGACUCUUGUUGUCCUUCAGGUUAUCAAGAAAGUCUGCCCCAGAGGACAAAAAGGAAGGUACUCCAAAAAAGAAGCAGGAAGUGAAAUAUCAAAUAGGAGAGAUGGUUGAUGUGAAAGUCUUGAGGAAGAAAGAUAAUGGACUAGAGGUUUCUAUCCUAGAAGAUGAAAGCAGUGUGACAGCCUGGAUUCCCACAGUGCACCUUUCUGACUUUGUUACCAACUGCAAGCUCCUGUGGCAUUAUCUUCAAGAGGGAGAUGUCCUACCCAGAGUUAUGUGCCUGAGUGCCAAGGGAGAGCGGAUCAUCUUGAGCAGAAAGUCUGCAGUGAUUUCUGCUGUACAGGAGGAGCUAGUUGUGAGAAGUUUCUCUGACAUCCAGCCUGGAAUGUUGUUGACUGGUUACGUGAGGAAUGUGAUGCCUUUUGGAGUGUUUGUGGAGUUCCCUUUUGGUGUGACAGGACUGGCGCCCAAAGUGAGCAUGUGUGACAAGUUUGUGACGGACACCAAGGACCACUUUGUGGUGGGACAGACGGUGAUCGCAAAGGUGAUGAGCAUUGAUGAGGAGAAGCAGCGCGUGCUCCUCAAUUUGAAGGUGUCAGAGUGCAGCUCAGGGGAUUCUGCUGCGGAGAGCUUUGCUCUGCUGAAUCAAUAUUUCAAGGAGAUGAAAGAAAUCAGAAACCUGUUGAGAAGUCAAGGGGAGUCCAGCAUGGCCCAAGAGCUUUGUGAACUGGUGCCUGGGAAGGAGGUGCAGUUGGUUGUGCAGGAUGUGAAGGAGGAUGGCUCAGCACUGUUCAGCGGCAGCUGUGUCACAGGCCUCACUGUGACGGCCACUCGCUACCAUCUGGGAG